AUGGUUUAUCCUGUGUUUGCUUGGCAGCGUACUGAUAAUCUUAUAAGUCGAUUACCCGAUGACAUUCUCCUUGCUAUCCUAUCUUUCCUCCCAUUGAAAGAAGUUGGGCGAACAAGUAUUCUUUCAUCUCGUUGGAAAAACAUGUGGAGUUACAUCUCACAUCUCCACUUUGAUGACCAUAGCUCGAUGUGGAAGGUUAUCCGGGAUCCAGAAGGUUCGAGUGUUGAGAGGGAAAAGUAUGUAAAGUGGGUGGAUUCGGUUCUCCAAUCACACCGAGGGUCCACCGUGAAAGAAUUAAGAAUAUGCUUUAGUUUAGUCAAAUCAGCAGGAAAGUCAAUUACGAAGUGGCUUGAAUUUGCUUUUGAGAGGCACACCGAAAAGUUGGAGUUGAACCUUUCAGAAGGUAAUUGGGGUCAGGACCCAGAUGAAUCGUACGUGUUUCCGCAAGAGUUAUGGGGAAAUAUCUCUACUAGACUUUUCAACAUAAAAAUGUUGAACUUGGGCAGUAUUGAAGUCUCUGGUGAAACUAUUGAGUUUCUCUUACGUGGCUGCCCAUUGCUCGAGCAGUUAAUUGUCAGUGCCUCUGAUCAAUUGACACGUCUUGAAGUUUGUGGACCAUUCCUUGUAUUAAAGCAUUUGGAGAUACGGCAGUGCAAAAAUUUAAAAUCCUUAAGAAUUUCUGCUCCGAAUCUAACUUCACUUGUACUUGAUAAAAUAGAAGGCCUCUUGCUUGAGGACGUUCCAAUGCUUACUAGUGUUUAUGUGACCUACGCGGACUCUUUGCGUCGUUGUAUGUAUGUAGAGAGAUUAAUUUCUACCUUACGUUGCCGUCUUUCCCAAUUGGAGAUUCUCACCUUGAACAUUUAUUGUAACAAGGAGCUUCUACCGAUGCUCAAAUUCCCCAUGAUGCCUAAACUUAAGAAGUUGGUUAUCAUGGAAGGUUUAGGUCGUAUGGACACGAGUCUUCUUGGCCUAGCUCAUAUUAUCAGUGCAUCUCCCAACCUGCAAGAAUUUGAGAUACAGCAAAGGUGGUUAAAAGCUGAUGAAAGGUCGAACAACGAAAUUCAGAAGGGAUUGAAGCACUUCCCACUGCACCAGCAUCUGAAUGUUUUUCGUUUUUUAGGUUAUUAUGGUUGCCCGAGUGACGUUGAAUUAGUGAACUACUUGUUGGAGAACUGUGUCGCGCUUAAGGAAAUCAUUGUUGAUACCCAAACUCAACUACGUGUGGCCUACCAGCCAGUUGAUCCUGAACAGUUAGAAUUGGCUGAAAUAGCAAAGGGUUACGCGAAACAGCAGCUGGAGCCGCUAGUACCUAACCACGUUAGUUCGAUGGAGAAGAUUAUACGGGCUUCAGAAUUUCACAUUGUCAGUGUUGAGAGGGAAAAGUAUGUAAAGUGGGUGGAUUCGGUUCUCCAAUCACACCGAGGGUCCACCGUGAAAGAAUUAAGAAUAUGCUUUAGUUUAGUCAAAUCAGCAGGAAAGUCAAUUACGAAGUGGCUUGAAUUUGCUUUUGAGAGGCACACCGAAAAGUUGGAGUUGAACCUUUCAGAAGGUAAUUGGGGUCAGGACCCAGAUGAAUCGUACGUGUUUCCGCAAGAGUUAUGGGGAGAUAUCUCUACUAGACUUUUCAACAUAAAAAUGUUGCACUUGGGCAGUAUUGAAGUCUCCGAUGAAACUAUUGAGUUUCUCUUACGUGGCUGCCCAUUGCUCGAGCAGUUAAUUGUCAGUGCCUCUGAUAAAUUGACACGUCUUGAAGUUUGUGGACCAUUCCUUGUAUUAAAGCAUUUGGAGAUACGGCAGUGCAAAAAUUUAAAAUCGUUGAGAAUUUCUGCUCCGAAACUAACUUCACUUGUACUUGAUAAAAUAGAAGGCCUCUUGCUUGAGGACGUUCCAAUGCUUACUAGUGUUUAUGUGACCUAUGCGGACUCUUUGUGUCGUUCUAUGUAUGUAGAGAGAUUAAUUUCUACCUUACGUUGCCGUCUUUCCCAUUUGGAGAUUCUCACCUUGAACAUUUAUCGUAACAAGGAGCUUCUAUGGAUGUUCAAAUUCCCCAUGAUGCCUAAACUUAAGAAGUUGGUUAUCAUGGAAGGUAUAGAUCGUAUGGACACGAGUCUUCUUGGCCUAGCUCAUUUUAUCAGUGCAUCUCCCAACCUGCAAGAAUUUGAGUUAAAGCAAUCGUGGUUUAAUGCUGAAAUGUCAGACAGGGAAAUUCACAAGGGAUUUAAGUACUUCCCAAUGCACCAGCACUUGAAUGUUUUUCGGUUUUUAGGUUAUUAUGCUUGCCCGAGUGACGUUGAAUUGGUCAACUACUUGUUGGAGAACUGUGUUGCGCUUAAGGAAAUCAUUGUUGAUACCCAAACUCAGCUACGUUUCGCCUACGAAACACUUGAUUCUGAACAAUUAGAAUUGGCUGAAAUAGCAAAGGUUUACGCCAAAAAGCAGCUGGAGCCGCUAGAAUCACAAACCAUAGGGCUCGCGAACACGGACAGAGGGCUCGCCGCGCAUCGCAUGGCCGCGGCUGCUGGCGCGGCGGAGGAAGAGGGUGGCACCGUCGAAGCUGGGGGGACAGCGUAG